ACAGUGCAAGAUGUCAUCCUCCUCCGUCAGACCGUCACACUAAUCUCUUCCCCACCUCCUCGACCCUUCCCACCUUCGAGCCAGUAGUAACUACCAAUCAACCGACCCACACCCUCCCCCUUCGCUUCUGCCCCAAGCAAAGCCGCCCAGAACCCUAGCCCCGCGAUGUCCGGCUCCGGCGCCCCCUCGGGCCGCGGCUCCCGCGGCUUCGACUUCGGCACCGACGACGUGCUCUGCUCCUACGAUAACUUCGCCGACCCCUCCGACCCCAAGCGCCCCGAUCCGGUCGACAAGGAUUUUCAUGAUAGCAGAUUGGGGAGACCAUUUGUCAAAGUUUAUGAACAAGAAAGUUAUGGCAAGGAGGAUGUACUUUCUGCGGUUGAGAAGUGCAUGAAAAAAUAUGCUGAUAAUUUGCUUCGAUCUCUCGAGGGGAUCACUAGUCGGCUUUCACAACUGGAGAUCUAUUGUUAUAAGCUUGAGAGGUCCAUAUGUAAACUUCGAAGCGAUGUGCUUUGUGAUGAGACUGAUCAAAGAUUGAAGUCUCUUGAGAAGCAUCUGAAUGAAGUGCACAGGUCUAUCCAAAUUCUUAGGGACAAACAAGAGUUAGCUGAAACUCAGAAGGAAUUGGCCAAAUUUCAGCUUACACAAGAUUCAUCUAAAAAGAAGGAAGAUGUGCCAACACCAUCUUUACCUGAGCCACGGAAGUUUGAGGAAAAGCCAGAUACAUCAGACCAGCAAUUGGCCCUUGUUUUGCCUCAUCAGGUGAACUCACCAUCACUCGCACCUAGGGCUUCUGAACCUGUCCAACAGUACAAGGAUCAACCUGUGCAACAGCCAGCCCCUACCCCUCUUGUGCCGCAGCAGGACCGCUAUCUUCUUAGCCAAGCCAUUGUCUACUACCCACAGCGCCAAGCUCCAGGUAUCCAGGACACACAGGGGCAGCAAUUGCAACCGGAGGUGCAGUACUUACCAGCAAGGACCCCAGCUCAAGAUGUUCCGGCACAUGCUUCGGCUCAACAGCCUCAGGCAGCAAAUCAAACCCAGCCGCAGUCUUACCCUCCAUACCAGCAGCAAUGGCACCAGCAAUCCUCCCAGCCGACUCCUGCACCAGUGGCGCAGCCACAGCAGACUUUCUCACAACCAUUUCCUCCACCUGCGCAGCAGCCCCAAUUAUCCAAUGUUCAGCAGUUUCCUCCACAGCCAAUGCAUCAAGCCCAAUCUAAUGCUCAACAGUAUCCUCCACCACCAGUGCAUCCACAGCAAUCUAAUCCCCAGCUUCCUCCUCAGGCAAUGCAACCACAUCCUCCUGUGCAGACUCAUAUGAGACCUCAAACUCCACCAAACUACCCUCGUUAUCCACCCCACCAGCCCUUGAACCCCACCCCUGAAACUCUGCCUGGCAAUGUGGCUAUGCAAGGACAAUACAACACUGUUGCUCCAUCAGGUGGGAGCCAUUCUGAAGUGCCAUAUUCAUACGGGGGACCUGGCAUCCCGCCGACUCAGCCACCGCCGCAGCACAGCAUGCAAAGGCAUCAGCUAGCACCUUCAAGUCAGGGCUCCUUUGGGCCACCUCCAAGCAAAGAGUCCUAUGCUGGCCCUCGGCAAUAUGCACCACAGGGCAACACGCAAGGCUACAACACAGGUUACGGCUACCCACCGAGCGGUCUUUCACGAGUGCAGGCACCACAGAUGCCCCCAGGUGGUGGUGGCAUGAGACAUCCAGGGUCGCAUACAAUGCACAGCCAUCCUUACGGAGAGAUGAUCGAGAGGGCAAUCACCAUGGGCUAUCCAAGGGACCAGGUGCUGAACAUGACUCAGAGGAUGGCGGAGAGCGGCCAGCAAAUGGAUUUCAACUCACUGCUUGAUAGGCUGAACGAAGCAGGGCCCGGAGCGCCCCCUCGUGCGUGGUGAUUUGAUCCAGGUUUGGGCACCGUCCUCGGUCGUCUGUUAUGAUUUAUGACCGUUAUCACGCAGGUAAAUAAAUAAGAUUUGAGCUGAUGCCGUGUGUUGCUUGGCUGUACGACAUAUAUAACUGGAGUUGAGUUUCAUGUAAUUGCUGCGGCACGUGUACUACGAACGUAUAUGAUGUCAACUGGAGUAUUCAGAUCUGUUGUAAAGCAAUUUAUUGCCA